UAUGAUUCAUACGCGACCCGCGCUGCUGCUGCUGCUACUUCCGCUUGUCUUCUUCUUCUUCUUUGGUGUUUAUUGGAGGUUGGCGGUGUAUUACCGCCACCUACCGGAAGGAGCAGCAGGUCGAAGGGGAACUGCUACAGCGUUUCAUACCUUUUCGGAGGCACUCUUUCUGUAUUAUCGGCAUCAUGCAGCGUAUAAGCAACACUACGGUGCCUCAGCUGGAUACUUGUGUUACCAUCAGACUGCUGCGUUGGAUGACACAACUUCUGCACAAAAACGUCUGCUCAGGUAUCAAAGGAAUUUUCCGGGGCAUUCAAAUGUGGGCCAAAGUGUAAAUAUCAUCCACUUUAUCUCAGUAGCUGUAUGUUAAAUGACGGUUCAUCACGCUCCGUUUGAAUGAGCCGCCGUUGUACUUACUAUAAAAGACUCAACAGAUGAAGACUGGUUCACUAGUGAUGCAUGGAGGUCCAGAAGCUGUUCAGCAGCAGCAGCCUAACAGGCAUAUUCACCCCCAGGCUGUGGGUGCCCCUUUGGGUGACCUGAGAGUAAAAGUUCCCCUCUUGACUGAAAGCUCCAACAACAAACUGAGAACCAUGUCUGAACCUGCUCCUCUUCUGCACUGUGCUCCGGGUCCCGUGGCCAGUCAUGCUCAAAGAUGGAAGGAGCCGAAGGUGGACAUCAGUAAUACGACUGACGUGAAGCAGAACGGACACUGUGAAGGCAGUUCAGACGUGGAUAAAAGUAGUUGCAACCAUCCUCCAGCGUCUGCGAACGCAUCAGAGGACUGUUCGUCGGAUCUGAUAAGAAUAGUGAAGCACAAGCCGAGUGCCAUUGUGUUCUGUGACAACCAGGUGAUCUCUGACGUUGGAGAGUCCUCUUCAUCCUCCACUGAAGAGAGAGAGGAUGACGAUGACGAGGAGGAUGAUUUUCCCGAGGCGUCACAAUAUAAGGAAUUCCUGGUCAGUCGUCGCCGUAGAAACUUGAGCAGGAACAGGAAGUGCUCGAGGAAGAGACAGGAUGCCCAGCCUAAUGGCGCUGCUGCAUCUGGCUGGCAAAAACCCACCAACAAGGGAAAACCUGAGUCCGCAGGUAGCCAGGAGGAAGAGGAAACGCUGCAGAAGAACAAUGGAGAACAGGCUGCUGCGUCCUGUGAAUCCAUGACCCUGCUGAUGAAUAAGUUGGAUCACCUCAAUGAGGGGAUCCAGGAAGUCCAAAGCGCUGAUUCCUCCCACUCAGACGUGGCCAAUGCUGACGAGGAGCAGCAGAGCACCACGGAUGCUCCGGCUGCGGGCAGGACGGCGAGCCGUGCGCUGAGUCACGAUCAGGAAACCUCCAGAGCUCCAGACAGGCCUGAGCCACUGACCAGGCGGCGCUCGCGACCUUUGACCCGCAGCAGACCGCUGACCCGCUCGUCCCUCUCGUCCCCUACACAUCUACACGCUCGACGGGCCAGGGCUGCUGUAAGGAUGACCAGUGCAUCAGCAGAGAUUGAGGCUAAGGAGGCUUGUGAUUGGCUUAGAGCAGCGGGAUUUCCACAGUACGCCCAGCUCUAUGAAGAUUCCCAGUUUCCAAUUGACAUUUCCUCUGUGAAAAGGGAUCACGACUUUUUGGACCGGGAUCUGGUAGAGCCUCUAUGUCGACGUCUAAAUACUCUGAACAAGUGUGCCUCCAUGAAACUGGAUGUCAGCCACCCCAAGAAGAAAGGUGAUGACUCCGAUGAAGAUGACCCGUUGGCUAUCAGUAAAAGGUGGACGUUCGAGUGGAGCAGCCAACGUUGGUCUCGCCUGCACGACUUCUUGUUGGACAGCACCAAUGACAGCAGCCCGACUGGUCAGGGGGAUGGUCUGCUGCACAGCACAGUGAGCAGUGAGAGCGUGCUGACGGACCUGAGCGAGCAGGAGAUCGCAGAGAUCUCCUCGCUGCACAGCGAGGACUCUGCCUCCGCCAUGCCCGACUCUAUAUCUAUGGCGUCUCUCUCCGCUUCCUACCAACCGCCCAGGGAUCUCUCACACUACAACUCCCUGCCUAUCAAGAGCGGUCGAUGUGGGCAAGGAGGGCGGAGUAAAGCCAAAGAUUUUUUGCGUCGCAUGGAAGUAAUGCGCACUUGGGGGCCGUCGUCGUCGAAGCGGAAAAGCACAAGUCGCAGGCCGCCGCUGGUCAUCAGUGGGCCGGUGUUACAUGGCGAGGAGCCUCUCGCGCUGCAGAUACUCCAGUGUACUCCCAUUAGCCAACUAGAACAGAGCCCUCAACAAACUGAUGGUGACAUUUCCUCUGUCUGCCUCACCAAUGAUUGUAAAGACCAAUCAGCGGUGAGCGUGAGCCCCAGCAGUGAGACUGUGGCGCCCAGUGUGAUGGAGCCCACUGUGUGUACAAAACAGCGCACUGCUAGCAAGAGAAGCAGCAUGUAUCUGGAGGAUAUGGAGCUGCCUUCUCAAGGUAAGAGGACUGAAGGACAGAGCCAGUUUGGUAGAAACCAGUUUCACUCAUAUGAAAACCUCCUCAUUCACAUCCCCAAAGACCAUAAACCAGGCACCUUUCCAAAAGCUCUAUCCAUAGAGAGCCUGGCGCCGUCCCCUGGUGACGGGAACAAUGGUGUCCGAAUACGGGGCCAAACUUCUCCACACAACAAUGGCAUGGGUGAGCCCUGGUCUGGUAAACCUCUGUCCAAGCCCCCCUGUCCUGGAGCUCCACGGGGCAGCAGGGUGAGCGUUUAUGACAACGUCCCGGGCUCCCACCUUUACGCCAGCACAGGAGACCUGCAGGACUUAGAGAAAGAGGACAACCUGUUCCCUCACCUAGACGACAUCAUCCAGCACGUCAGCGGUUUGCAGCAAAUAGUUGACCACUGGAGCCGCUGUGUUCUGCCUGAGGGUGAUACGGGGGAGGGGGAGGUGGAGGAGGACGGGGAGGGCAGGACCACCCCCAGUGAAGGCGAGAGAGACGGGGUCUCCUUGAACGACACCGAUUCGACAGGAACCAGUCGGGAGAGGCGGGACUCUGGAGUCGGGGCCUCGCUGACGAGACCACGUCUACGAUGGCCCAGUUUCAGAACCUCUGAUCAUCUCAACCAGCCAGCAUCUUCACUGCAGAUCAGCAGCCAAUCAGCGGGCCAGCUCAGCCUGCUGCAGAAGUUCUCACUGCUUCGCCUCACCGCCAUCAUGGAGAAAUACUCAAUGUCUAAUAAACAUGGAUGGACAUGGUCUGUGCCCAAGUUUAUGAAGCGCAUGAAGGUGCCAGACUACAAAGAGAAGAGUGUGUUUGGCGUUCCCCUCAUCAUCCAUGUCCAGCGCUGUGGUUUUCCGCUCCCUCUGUGUUUACAGCAGGCCCUCGGCCACCUCCGAACACACUGUCUGGACCAGGUGGGAUUGUUCCGCAAAUCUGGCGUGAAGUCUCGUAUUCAGGCUCUGAGGCAGCAGUGUGAGCUGUCCCCCGACUCUGUGAGCUACGAGGACCAGUCGGCUUACGACGUGGCCGACAUGGUCAAGCAGUUCUUCAGAGACUUGCCAGAGCCUCUGCUAACAAGCAAGCUGGGGGAAACCUUCCUGCAUAUUUACCAGUAUGUCCCAAAGGAGCAGAGGUUGCAGGCCGUCAGAGCGGCUAUUUUGUUGAUGCCGGAUGAAAACAGGGAGGUUCUGCAGGCGUUGCUUUACUUCCUGCGUGAUGUCACUUCCUUGGUGGAAGAGAACCAGAUGACGCCGAUGAACCUGGCCGUUUGCCUGGGACCUUCGCUCUUCCACCUCAGCAUACUGAAGAACGAGGUGCUGUCACCAAGGUCAAUCCAGAGGAAGUACACCACGGGCCGCCCCGAUCAGAAAGACCUGAGCGAGAACCUGGCGGCCACCCAGGGCCUGUCUCACAUGAUCACUGAGUGCCAGCGUCUCUUUCAGAUCCCAGAGGAGAUGGUGACCCAGUCUCGCAACUCCUACAUGGAGGCUGAGCUGAUGGUGCCCCCGCUGGACGAGCUGGGCAAGGCUCACGAGGAGGAGGUGGAUGUGGACGAGGAAGAGGAGGACGAGGAGGGAUCCUAUCACACGCACCUAGAGAGGCUGGUCCAGAACCUGCUGGAAGAGGCCAAAGAUAAGAGCAAAGGCUGGGUGUCUCGCUCCACCACUGACCAUACAGAACUGGCAUUUAAAAAGGUGGGAGACGGUAACCCUCUGAGGCGUUGGCGAGCGUGUGUCGAGGUGCUGGCGACUCCCAGUGAGGUGCUGCAGCGGCUGAUGAGAGAGCGCCACCUGUGGCAGACUGAGCUACAGCAGGAGAAGGUCCUGGAGACGCUGGAUAAACAGACAGACGUGUACCAGUACUCCUGCCACAAUAUGGCGCCUCAACCCAGCUGUGACUACGUGGUACUAAGAUCAUGGCGUACAGACCUGUAUAAGGGCUCCUGUGCGCUGGUGUGUGUUUCCGUCGAACAUGACGACAGCCCACGCAUGGGAGCAGUGAGGGGGGUGGUGUUGGAGUCGCAGUACCUCCUCGAGCCCUGUGGGACUGGGAGGACCAGGCUCACGCAUAUCUCCAGAGUGGACCUCAGGGGAAGAUCUCCAGAAUGGUACAACAAAGCAUUUGGUCACCUGUGUGUUAACGAAGCUCAGAGGAUCCGCUCCUCUUUUCAGCCGCCGGAUCAGACGAGCACUGAGGCCAAGAGCUGAACACACAGAAAUCCAGCUUUAUCUUGGGUCGCGCUGCCAGAGAGCGGCUGGACCUGAGGACCAGUGAACCCAGGAGGGGAAUCAUCCAGGCAGUGGACUUUAGUGUCUUUUCUGAGUUUACUGUACCAUACUGUACUGAGCUACAGUCAUUCACACACACAGAGAAAGGAGAGAGUUUUUGCCAUGGAUUGCAGCAAUUCUGCAGAACAACAUAUCACUACUUAUUUAUCUCAUAAAUAAUGAUUUUCGGUGCUAUUUUGGAGCAGACGUUGGUUUCCAAUUCCAAACAUGAAACAGCUUAUUUGAUUUCAUUUGAAUAGCCAUUGAUGUUUCAUAUAAUUGGAUCAUAACCUUGUGCAUUAUUGGAAGGAUGCGGUUGUGCAGACAGAGAAUAUUAUUAAUACUGGGUCAUUCUCUAAAAUCCUUGCCUACGAAAUCCAAUAUCUUGCAAAACAGAUGACCUUAUAAAACAGCCAGCACCAGAAGGCGUGAUCGCGAGAUAGUUGCCGUCUCCAACACUUUAAUUUGAUAUCACUAUAACUGAUUUUAUAACAUGUAAAAAAUGGCAUAAAAGUUAUUCGCACUUAAAGUAGAAUACACGUAUUUGUAUCAAUUACUUUGAGAAACCUAUCUUAACACUAUCUCUACAGUGGAAUAUAUACAACUAAUUGGAUUGAAACUGCUCAUAACAAUUUUUCUUCUCAGAUCCAUUAUUGAAUAAAAGCAGGACACAUUCACCCCUGAUAUGCUUUUAUCACAGUCAAUCAAAAAUGAUAUUAAAUAAACAACAUAUCUGAUAUUGACAUCUUAUGCAUGUAAUAGCCACAAUUUUUAAUUAUUUUGUCCAUCUCUUAUGUAUAAACUAGGGCUGUCAAUUGAUUAAAAUAUUUGUGAUUAAUUGCACAUUUUUAUCAGUUCAGAAUGUACCUUAAAGGGAG